AUGACGGCCUGGAAGACCAUUCAAUGUGCUCUACAGCUUGAGAUUGUAAAGCAAAAGAGCUCUCGAUUCAUUUCAGCUGCAUGGCCAUUGUCAGCAUACAAUCGCAAACUAGUUUCCGACUUGGUUAAGCAAUAUAUUGACAUCCAACACUGCAAAUACCCAGCCGCAACGCAUCAUUGUUACGCCUACAGGACAAUAGAUGGACGUGAAUUGUGUUCGGACGAUGGAGAACCACAUGGAACUGCUGGACGUCCUAUUCUAGAAUCAAUACAGCAAGCUCAGUUAUUGGACAUUUGUGUCGUAGUCUCGAGGAUCUAUGGAGGUGUGAAACUCGGACGUGGUGGACUUAUUCGAGCGUACGGAACUGCAGCGCGAGAGGUGCUAGAGCACGCCGAGAUAGUUGAAAAGGUGCCCACACGAUUGCUUUACGUCCGGACAUCGUUUUCAUUUGUUGGUAUGGUCAAACGUGCGUGUGAUCAAUUCACUGCUGAGCUUGUAUCUCAAGAAUAUGCUCAGGAAGCGGCGUUCACGGUCUGUGUCCCUGUCCAUAAGUAUGUUGACUUUAUCAGCUUUGUUCGAACGAAGUCAUCAGGAUGCGUGAAAGUGAAAGAAAUGGAAGCGAAACACUUGACAUGUGUCGUAUAA